AUGUCCCAAACAGAAGAAAUCGUUCUCCACGAUACCCACACAAAUGCAAAGACAGCCCUGAACCAUGCCACGCCACAAUCACCCAGCAAAGCCCAAGCAAUAACAGCCGUGGUAGCCCUAUCCGGCGUCAGCUUCCUCAACACCAUGGGCUCGGGCAUUCUCACCGUAGCCCUCCCCCGAAUGGCCACCGACCUCGGCCUAAACCACGAGAUCCUUCUGUGGCCAGCAGCUGUAUACGCCCUUGCGGCAGGGUGCACACUUCUCAUAUUCGGCGCCAUCGCAGACGUCGUCGGUGACAAGCGCGUCUGGCUAACAGGGAGUAUCCUCUUUGCCGCAUUCACACUAGCAUGCGGUCUCGCCCAGACAGGGAACCAGCUCAUAGCCUUCCGGACCCUUCUUGGGAUCGCAGUUUCAAUGUGUCUCCCGUGCGCGGUGAGUCUGAUGACGCGGACAUUUCCACCGGGUAAGGCGCGCAAUCUGGGUUUCGCAUCUAUGGGUAUGGGACAGCCGCUGGGAUACUCCGUGGGGUUGAUACUGGGUGGUGUGUUUGCAGACUCGAUUGGGUGGCGGUUUGGAUACUAUGUCAGUGCUAUUAUCAAUGCGUUGCUUUCUGUUCUUGCCUUCUGGUCUCUCCCGAGGGAGAGGCCGAGGGCUGGGCCUGUUCUGCAGGGAUUGAAGAAGAUCGACUGGGUUGGGGCGCCGAUUAUCAGUGUUUCCCUGGCUUUACUUUCUUUCGUUCUCGCCCAAAUCACAGAGAACUACCAUAAUCUUCAAGAGCCGUAUAUCAUUGUUCUCUUCGCGUUAUCGAUCGUCCUCCUGCCGACGUUUGUACUCUGGGUUGGAUGGCAGGAGAAGCACGGCCGCCCGGCACUCAUCCCUAACAGUCUCUGGAAGAACAGGCUAUUCAGCGCGACCUGCAUUAUAGUCUUCUUCACAUGGGCAGAGCUCAAUGCUCUGCAGUACUUUACAUCUCUAUAUUUCCAAGAAAUUCAGCACCACUCUGCCCUCGCUUCAUCACUCAUGUUCCUCCCAAUGGUGAUAGCCGGCGCAGUAACAAACAUUUUCACCGGGUACACAGUGGACAAAAUCUCCGUGGGCCAGUUGGUGUUUGUAUCCGCCAUAAUCAGCACACUCUCUCCACUUCUUAUGGCACUCAUAAAACCCAGCUGGGUAUACUGGCGCGGAGCAUUCGUCUCCAUGCUUUUCAGUCCUAUUCAUGCAGAUGUCCUCUUCACGGUCUCCAAUCUGAUAAUAUCCCGCGCGUACCCCGGCGAGAACCAAGCUCUCGCGGGGGCAGUGUUUAACUCGGUCUCGCAGGUCGGGAACUCGGUUGGACUGGCUGUGAGUGCUGCGAUUGCUGCGUCUGUCACGGAACACUCGGGGCAGGAUACGUUGAAGGGGUUCCGGGCGGCGUAUUGGCUGAUGUUUGCGGCGAUGGUGGUGGUUUGUGGGUUUAGUUAUUUUGGAUUGCGGGGUGGGGGGUUUGUGGGGAAGAAGAAUGAGUAG